AUGGGAUUCAUUUCCUCGCUAUUAUGUUGCUCGUCGCCUUCUUCCUCACCGUCAUCGUCCACAGCAAAGUCGGGAGAAAAACGUAACAGUCACCGACAGGUUUCGCCGCAACAGUCUCGAAUCCACGCCACAUUGUCAACCUCAGCUCGCCAAUUGCAAACACGACCUGAAAGCCCGCGCGCUAAGAGCAGUGCCUCUACGGUGAUUAGAAGUAGUACCUCCAAGGAAAGGGUUGGAUCUCACGUGAAAUCUGGUGCUGUGGACAAUCAUGAACGGUCAACAACUCCAAACGACGCUGCGGGGACCAAUGGGAACACUUCUCAGCUGCCUCUAGUAGUGAGCAGCGCGGAACGCGACGAUGAUAUGGACGAGGAUGAAGCUCAAAACAAAGAAGAUAAGCAGCUUGUCUCCGUCUAUAACGGUGAAACAGAGUCUAGUACAGGUACUGCAGAAGAACACAACGCAUUAUCACCUGCCACACCACCCCAACAAAAGUCUUUGGCCGGUGAAAAGGCUAGCUCUGUAGCUCUUAGUGACACUGACCAUGAGGGUGGCAAUGUAAGCGUUGUUGACGAUACAGGCCUUCCGCCAGCACCUUCCUAUGAGUAUGAGGCAGAGCCAGACCUUGCCGAGGAAGUUGUGGACCUAACUAUACUUCAACCAGAGCAGGCCCACGCACCUGGGUAUUCCACUUUACUACCACCGCGUACCCCUGCUUUCUCGGGCAAGAAAUGUCUCAUUCUUGACCUCGACGAGACACUCGUCCACUCGUCAUUCAAAUAUUUGAAAACCGCUGAUUUCGUCAUUCCUGUGGAUAUCGACAACCAAAUUCACAAUGUGUACGUCAUAAAAAGACCUGGGGUUGAUGAUUUUCUGAGGCUCGUGGGUCAAAUCUAUGAAGUCGUUGUAUUCACUGCAAGUGUAUCACGAUACGGAGAUCCUCUGCUAGACGUAUUGGAUCAGAAUCAUUGCAUACACCAUCGUCUCUUUAGGGAUUCUUGUUAUAGUUAUGAAGGCAACUAUAUCAAAAAUUUAUCCCAAAUAGGCCGACCUUUGAGCGAUUUGAUCAUUUUGGAUAAUUCACCGGCAUCUUAUUUGUUUCAUCCACAACACGCUAUUCCAAUAUCUUCCUGGUUUUCUGAUGUACAUGAUAAUGAACUUCUCGAUAUCAUGCCUCUUUUGGAGGAUUUGGCUCGUGACAAUGUUCCUGAUGUGGGUCGGAUUUUGGACGUUUUAAUAUAA